AAUCUAUGCCUCCCCCUUCACACCUCACCUCACAGCUGAUCAAAUGUCAAGAAAAUGGAGUUUUGUUACGCAUUUUUAAUACACCGUAAAAAAAUGGCAAUAUGAGAUCAAUAAAAACUAUUUUUUAUAGCUCAUUGGGCUAGAAUGGAAAGUACCGGUCCAUUUCAGCCUUGGGCAAAUGACGAAAACUCGAAAGACGUGAAAAGUGAGGCAGAAUUAGCGGAUGACGCGAAACUUCAUCGGGAAGAUGUCAAUCAUCCAAAACAUAGGCAAACUGCGUCUUACAAUAAAGAAAGUGUCAGUGAUUCAACUAACGCUCCAGGAUCCUCGAGUGACACUGGCCCCGGUGGUGCUACCGAGGGUACAGAACCCGAGAUGGACUCGAACAAAAUAACUUCUAUGCAACAAAUAGUUGAGAACACUCUCAGUCAAGAGGGCCGACAAAGAGUAACUCACUUAAUAGAAGCUGUUGAAGCCCUCAGCGGAGCAGAAAAGCUGUUGCUUUAUCUGCGGCUACCAACAGGAGUACCACCUCAUGAUCCUUUAAAACAACCAAUCAAUCCAUUAGGAUCAAGAGCUGAACUGAAACAGACUGUUACAUGGAUACAAACACACUUGGAAGUUGACCCUGAUGUCUCAUUACCCAAACAGGAUGUUUAUGAUGAAUACAUAGCUCAUUGUAUGAGUAGUAACAUGAAGCCUCUGUCGACUGCAGACUUCGGUAAAGUCAUGAAACAGGUGUACCCGAGCGUACGGCCCAGAAGGCUUGGGACUCGUGGCAAUUCUAGAUAUUGCUAUGCGGGUCUUCGAAAAAGGAUUAAAUUGGAAGUUCCACAAUUACCCGAUUUAGGUGAAUCGUCGAAGGAACCAAUUGUGACUUCACGAGAAAAUGAAAGGAUAGUUUGCGACUGGGCAGAAACAAAAUUAGGUGUGAAGUUCGCAAAUAUUUUAGAAUUGUCACAACAUUUAUUAUCACCGGCUCCAAACCUGACCACUCCCGGGCCGCCGUCUACGUCACCACAACCAGCUGUCCCGCAGCCUCAUGGAUCAGCUACCGCUGAUGACGCAACGAGUCGACAAUUAAUAAAACAUUUAAAACGGAAAAUGCAGGGUCAUGGAACUCCCGGUAGACCCAAAAAGAACAAAGGUCAGGAAUUGACUGGAGAGUCAUCACCGGCGGCCUCUGGUACGUGCGUCGGACAUCAUCCGACGUUAAAGCAUGAGACGGAGCAGGUACCCGAGACCAGCUACGCAUACCAACCGGCAUACGUGACGGUGUAUGAGCCGCGGCCGCCAUACUCCGCUUACGGGGCCCCGCCUCGCGCGCACCCGCUGCCCGCUCUCACUACCCACGAGUAUCGCCCCGACCCCUACGCCUUCGAGCCCACGUAUGCGCCUCACGACUUGACGCUCCCCAUCAACCUCAGUAGCAACGCUUCCCUCGACCUCUCCACCGACCGCGCCGACUGGCACCGUCGCCGUCCACCUGAGCCGCCGCCCCCGCCGCGCCUCCCCCUCCCCGGUAAGAAAUUCAUCUUGGAGACCUACCAAAUCGAAACGGCAGCGCGCGCGCCGCCGCUCCAGCCGGUGUCGGCGCCAACACCGGACGACUUUCCGCGUGCCGAAUACUUGCCCAAGAAAAUGAGAGCGGCCGAGAUCCUCGGCGGGAAGCUGGCCGCGGCCCGACAUGUCGUGGCUGUCUCGGAAGCCGGGUCCUCGUCGGCGCCGGUUGCCGAGCCUGCGCCGCUCCGUCCCGCGGGUGCUUUUUUAGAGGAUCCAAAAAACUUAACGAGCCGGUCCAAAAGCACCGCCGCGGCGCUGGCCCGGGAGGAACAGGAGGCGGCGAGUCCAACGCGAUCGACGAGAGCUCUGGCGUCCAUCAAACCGCGCAAAAUAAAUAGCCGCAUGAGAUCGAACUCGCCCGAUCGUGCGAGGUCACCCGAGAGACCCGCCACUCCCGACUCUUGUUGCGGCCUCGACGGUAUCAAUAUUAGAACUGGCGUGAUAUGUGAAGAAAAACACUCUGAAAUCUUGAACAGAGAACGCGUCAUCAGUAUCUGCAAUAUCGAUAAACACGACCUGGACGAUUAUUUGAACGAAGGGAAUAGUCAAGAACACGAAGAAGAGCUGCUUCAGUACUUCCACCAACAGCGUGCCGCUCAAGCCGAGGCGGCAGCGGAGAUCGACCAGUCUGAAAGAACCGUUAUUUUUUUAGAGGCAAGCCAGGACCCGCAAGACGAACACAGUCAAGGAAAAAAUGAAAAAAUCUCUCAGUUACGCGAACUACUUGCCAAAAAUUUGAAAAACCAAAGUGGGUCCAACUCUCAGAAUGCAAUAAAUCAAAACGCUGACCACUCUCAAGCAAAUACGAAUCAGCAGCAGUCUGCUAAAGUCAGUGAUUGCGGCGAUGCAUUCAAACCGUUAAAUGCUGACGAGAGCGAUAUGAACGGGACGGCCACGACUAAAGCGGUCGAAGUGAAUCCCCCGAAACAGUGCCAUAGUGUGCCGCAUCAAAACGGGUCAACGUUACCUUUUAACAACGAUAAGACUUCUAAUCAAAUGAUACCGAAUGUCAGCGGUUCCCAUCUCUACAAUGGGCACUGUCAAAACGAACCUCAGAGCCCCACAACUAGAACUCAGCAAUACGACUUUGUUCCGAUAUCUGAAGGGUGCCAUUCGCCGGGACACUUCAGAGGCCAAAGUCCAACUAAAGUACAAAAACAAGUAAUCGUUGGGGGUUCUCUUCAAACGUCACCGACAUCACACAGCACUGCUGCCAGCCCUUUUGUUAGCCCAAGAAAUACACCGGUCCCGAGGUCGAGACUAUGCCCUCGGCCCAUUCCUAAACACAACGGACGAAAGAGACGCAAUCCUUUAACAUUGGGUAUAAAUGACAUGUGCUCGAAGCCAUUUGCUAUUCCAAACGAUCAGAAAUUUAUAACAAAAAACACUACCUGUGAUCCCGGUAAAUAUUGUCAGCCGAUGUCUGCUCCGCCUUCGCCAAACAUACUGUCGUCCCAUUUCAAAAGUCAGUUAUAUCAAUGUAAUUCGAGCAUUCAGAACGGUAACAAUAAUAAUUUGUGUUUAAAUUUCCUACCAAAUAACGCUUUCAGAGAACACAUAAACGGAGACCCGCCGCUCUCGGCCGAUCCUCUGUCCAGCGAAGUCAGUCAAUUCUUUCAAGAUUCAAUGGUGACUUAUAGACCGGGCCCAGACGCUUUUAGGUCCCAAUCGGUGCCUUUAAAACACGGAAUCAACAAUAUCGGUCUCCUGAGCUACAAUAACACGCCCGUCGGCUCGGUGCCGCCUACGCCUGUCCCUAAUGAGUUCUGCGACUUUGGUUCGCUGGCUGAAACUUGCGACAUAUCUAGAGCUGGCCUCAACAGGGAGACUUUAGACAAAAUUUACAACGCGAUAGACAGUAGCCAUGAUGUACUUAAUCCAGACGGCACAGCGAAUCUGCUAAAUACGAAUGACGGUUUGAGUAACGGCUGCGAUUCUAUGCCGGGAUCGCAAAUGUUACCCGAUCAACUGACGUCACUUAUCCCGGGCGGAGAAGAGCUACUCGACAGCGGAAACCAAUUCAACCAAUCGUACACGAACGAUAGUUCGACAACGGAAAAUACAAACAGUAUUGACUUAGAUUUAUCAGAACUAGUUACGGACAAAAGUAAAUAUUAUACGUCUCGCUCGGUACCGAGCACACCGUUGCCUUACAAACGUGCCGCUCCCGGCCUGCAGAUAGACUCGCGCCGAUCCAGGGAUUUGUUUGCCGUAGAGAAUUACACUAUACCGACGAACGGAAUAUGCUCCAAGUCGGUGCCAUCGACUCCUCAGUUUGCUGAAGACAGGAGUGUUUUUAGCUACAGCAAUAGAGAUUUCUUGAUCAACGGCAACUCUGUUUGUGGGUCGACUCAAGUCCACGAAACCGUAGUCGAAAACGAUCAAACGUUGGCUUCGCCGCUUCACGACAUGCUACGAGAAGACAUAUUAGACCCGUUGACGCCCGCGCUGUUGGCCGAUCUGGAUAAGAUUGAUGCCGCCCCCUAUGUCGAUCUCUAGUCAGCAAUAAACUCCCUUGUAAAUAUUUGUAUAUCAUAACGUUCAUUUUUCAAUGGCACAUUAAAUAUUGGACAACAAAGUGCAAUAUUGGUUAGAUGCCUUCAGUGAAGGUUGACACAAUAUGUUCUUACUUCGCCAAUCAUGAAGAUUACUUCAUGAUUGGCGAAGUAAGCAUUAGUUUUAAAUUAAGCAUUAGCUUCAAAAAAAAAUUGUUAAAACAAUGGUGACAAAACUCAAUUAUUUGAUGUUUAUGUUAAAUAUGUAAUUAAAUUACAGAAAAAUCUGUAUAUUGAAUUGAAUGAAUUUUAGAUACGAUACAAACUGGUGCUAAAACUGGACAAUUCUGAUCACAUAUUUCAAUUUACUACCCGCAGGUCGGAGCUAACUUUAUAUUUAAUAUAAUGGACCAUUGUAACAAUUGUUGCAUAAGUUUGUACAUAUGUGUAAUUAUUACAUUAUAAUUAAUAGUAUAAAAUAAUAAAAUCGACUGAAUUCAAUCGACAAACGAACACAUGAAAACAACGUUCUGCCUGUCGUUACUUCUCGUCCGAUACUUUCUACGGCUGCUGAUAAAAAUGACAACCUCUUUGGUGAUUGUUCUCGAAAGAUCCGAGGCUAUAAAUUAAAACGAAAAAAAAAUUAAAAUUAAAAUGUUGAAAACAUUAACGGAUCAUUUUGUAUAGAUAGAAUAUAAUGCCAAAUCGGCCAACAAUUUUUUUUUAUACGCAAUGUAUAUUUGGCGAUUUAUUCGUGUAACUGAAAAUUCAGAAGCACAAUUCACAUGAAACGAAUGGCUGUAGUUAGAUUAACCAGACCAAUGCAGUGUGCAAAGCGCGCUAUUAGGUAAUUAAAUAAAACGGUUUUCAUAUGUAAAACUAAAUUAAAUAUAUAGUUUAUGAAAAUGAAUUUAUUGUAAGUUAGCACAAAGAUUUUAAUAUAUUUUAUUAUCGCAUAGAUGUUUUACGGACAUAUUAAAUUUAAAUAGAUAAAUAGCAUGAAAUGCGGAAACUUGUUCUGCCACUAUGGCUGUGUGAAGCGUGAGGGCUUUUAACUUUUCGUUGCAGCAACGUGGGACAUAGGUCUGUGAAUAUAAUAUAAAAUUUUGGUGGGAAUAUAAAAAAAAUUUUACAACAAUAUUCAUAGCAACCAAUUCGAAUUCUAAUGAAAAUUUCUGCACGUGUCGCACUAACAUAAUACACAAACCAAACGUAUCUACGUUCAGUACAGGCGUGUAUGUAUUAGAUUAAACAAUCUAAAAUUGCAUAUUUUUGUUUUUAAAGCAUUUUCAAUGCAGAAUCUUCAGUUUCCAAAUUAGGUAUUAUAUAUGAUUUGGCAAACAAUACGAUGAAACCCCAUAUGAUGACCCCCCAUAUAUCGUACAAUAGAACAUCUAAAUGAUUUGUUUAAAAAGUAUGUUGACAUUAUCAAUAUAUUUUAUUUAUUAUUUUAUUUAAAAAAAACAUGCAAAGAGAAACUUUUUAUAAAAAUGUAUUUAAAUCCAAUUAAAUUAAAUUAUAUCAUAUUCAAUUAAGUAACUAAGAUGACUUCUAAAUUAUAUUUUACAGUUAAAUCACAUUUAAUUCGGAAGAAUGAAAUGUUAAUUUUAUAUAGGCCCACAUAUCAUUCUUUCCAACAAAAAAAAAAUAGUAAGACUUUCAAUGUAAUCCAUUUGAGAUUUUGUUUUGUUUUUUAUAAUGAAGCCUAAGCUAGAUUACUUUUGAGGUAUAGCAUGUAGAGGUUUGUAUAACGCUAGUACAAAGUAACUCACUGAUACAACAGGGAUUUACCUAAAUAUGUAUAAGUGAAACCGAAGACUGUUUUAAAAUUUGUAGGUAUUUCAAUGCAAACAAUUGUUCUGUUCACACUUUGUUCUGAAUUCAAAACGUCUACGCAACGAAUAGGAAGGUACUUUCAGUGAUAAAAAGUUUUGUUUGUAUGGGUUUUGUAUUCCAAUUUGGUACAACUACCAAAAUCUAUUGGUACCUUAUUAAUUUUAAGUUGUACAGUGUAUUUUGUUUUUAGACAAAAAUAAAUUAAGGUUAAUAUUGUAAAUACUUUGAUCAUCAUCUCAUUCCUUGUUGUUUCAUUAAAAAUCAGAUGGUGUGCGCGUAAUCAUCAUCAGUCAUGAUGGUCACGUUAAAUUGCCACAAUUUAAAUAGGUAUAAAAGUCAAAGAUAUUGCGAUGUACGCAUUAAUUAAUAAGUGUUGUGAACACGAUAAAAUUUGGUGUUUUAGUCUAUAAAUGGAUAUUAUCUGUGAAUUAUUAUAAAAUUAUGUUUUUAAAAAGAAAACAAAUUUGAAUCCGUUCGCUGCAAUCUUCGACAACUGAUUAGAGCUAAAUAAAAACACACGAAUUGAAAAUAAUAUUUAUUUUAACAAAUAAUCUUUAGUAAUUACAUAUAUAGAAAUUAACCAUACGUAGACGUAAAGCAGGUGCCAUCUAUUUAUGUUUAGUAAAUAAAUGAAAAUCAUCCUGACGUUAGAAAAGUCUAACGCACACCCAAUUAAUCUACAAAUUGCAUAUUUUAUACUGUUGAUGGUCCCAUUGUUAAUAAAAAUAUCGGGCUUAAAAUAAUUCUAGUAGUGUAAAUAUACAUGGUGUACGGAAUCUGUAAGUAAUAAUCUACGAGUUUAAAAAAAACUGAACCAUAUCAAUUAAUUUAGCAUACUCCUUGUUUUGGUCAAACGAAGAAGCAAAGUCACUUAAGUUUUUAACACACACGGCGACUGCCAAACAUUCCAAAACGAGGCUUUUUUUGUUUUUUAAAAUUCGUAUUCUUAAAAAAUAUUGUUUUACAAUUGCAAUUGCUUUCUUUAGUUUACAAUGUCAAUAUCUUUUUAUAUAAUAUAUUUAGUUACCUCCCGAUUCCCGUACAGCUUGUAUAAUCCGUACCUUAUUGAGAUUACAGUUAAUGGAAACAUUGGCUCUGAAAACGUUCUCAUCAAGUGUCGAAUUUAGGUUUGAAUUAAUAUUGUUAUUUAAUUAUUGGACGCGAAGAAUUUUAAAUUUUUAGAAUUACACAUAUAACAAUUCAUGAAUGUUAAUUUAAUUAAUUGAAUAUUAUUGUCAUUGAAUAAAAAAUAAAUCGAAGUUAAAAUGUAAUACAUACAUGACACUUGUUUAUUUUUAUUUAAGAAUCGUGUUGUUAUUUCAUUAUUGUUUUAUUUUAUUUUUAAAUCUAGAGUAUAUAGUUUUAAGUAAUGUAUAGUGUAAGUAAAGAUAUCCAUGUUGUUAACUAGUAUUUUAUGGAUGUUAAUUUACACCAUUUGCUAUGCAGUGAUAAUAAAUGGAAUAAGAAACAUUU